UGAGGAGGCUGUGAAAGCCACGCGGGGUCCACCGGUAGUCCACCCGCGCCAGGGUGCGUGGAUGUGUGGGAGGUUGCGCCCUAGGAGCCAGGUCUCCCCAUUCUUCCUGAAGGUCACGGAGGGGACAUGGCCCCAGCCCGCGGGGACUACUACGAGCUGGCAUUUGGGUACCCAGCCGCGGUGGUGCGUGGUCAGCCCCAACGGGGCUGUAAGCAGCCAGCCCAAGGUUUGAGAAUUGGAGUGCGAUGUCCAGGGGCGUGGUCUAGCGUAGCCUCUGCACAGGCCUAGCAGCACUUGGAUGGAUUCCAGUGUUGGGGACGGUAGCAAUCUAAGGGCGGGACCCAGUGUUCAAGACCUGGCCGAGAGUGGUCCGAGCCGCGCUGGGGGCCAGGGGUCACCAGACCCCAGGGCCGCUUCUGACCCUCUUGUUCCCAGGUUUUAGGGUUUGGAUGCUGGAGACCUGGGUUCGAACUCUGGCUGUUGCCAGCUCACUCGGCCUCAGUUGCUCCUUCUAUAAAACUCACGGCAGUGUCCCACAAAAGUGUGACCUGCUGACACCCUCCUACCACCAGGAUCUAUUGUUAACUAGAUCACUGUUAACUACUAUUAAACAUGCAGUUUCCUGGGCUCGGUCCAAGACCCUUAAUCCUCGUAAACUCCCUUGAAAACCCGAAGAUUAGAAGGUAUCCGAGGGUCCCUCCCCUGAGAUGAUCGCGCUGUGGAUGGAGGCUAUUGUGAGGAAUAUAUGUAGGAUUGUGUCAGGCUGCCCAAUAAUAAUACCAAUCCAAUAAUAAUAAUACGAUCCUGCUCCCAACUUCUCUGAACUAAGCACCCCAUUUCUAGCCUGGGGUGGGCGUUUACCCAAGAGGCCUCUCAGUAGAGCCCAUCUGAGCAGGAAGCGAGCCCCAGGGAGGGGAAGCAUCUUGCUCUAGGUCACAAAGCCAUAGAGGGGCGAGCCAGAGUUCAAUGGAGGUCCAAGGACUCCCAGUCCAGUGCUCUCCCCGAGCCUUCAGCGUCCGCCUGCGUUUCGGACGCACGCGUCUAUCUCGGCGGAGGUAGAGCUCCGCCCGAGUUCUAGUGCAAGAAGGGCUUAGCCAUCCAAGGUCCUCUACCCUACUUCAGCAAAGGCCACGGGGAGCGAGGGGUGGUCUGCAAGAACCGACACCCAGUGUCCGGCUCCUGCUGGGGGCGGAGCCAGAUCAGAGCGACAGGCAAUCGGGCCAGUGCCGGGCAGGCUCUGGGCCUGACAGCCAAUCGGGAGCCAAGAGCGCGGAGCGGGCAGAGAGGCUAGGCACUGGAGCAUGGGGGACCCUUGGGGCUACUCGCCUCGGCCCCACCCCCGCGGUGGGUCCAGGCCCUGCUUGUCCCGGCCCAAGCCGACUGAGCCGGCACUCACGGCUGCCGGCGGUGCGCUGUAGCUGGCCCCGCCCCGGCUCGGAGCGCACUGGGAGGGCGGACCUGGGGUCGGACCCGCAGUCCCCGGCUCUGGCCUCCUGCCGAUCACCACCACCCCUAGCCUCUCCGGCUGAGCUCGGCGUCCCAGAGAGGAUUAAGUAAGUGCUGAGGUCGCAGCUUCUGUGCAAGAAUGGAGGAAUCACAGAGUCGCAGAGCGGGGAUGGGGAUUGGAGCAGGGAGGACUGAGGAACCUGGUAGAGAACGGUAUGCGGGUUCUCGGAGGUCGCGGUGCCAACCCAUUUCACCCGUUUCAUUCUCUUGCCCUUUGGACCCUCAGGCAGUCCCAGACAGUGAUGGGCAGGGCCUUUUCUCUGCUUUGGAUCGAGGAAUAAAGAGAGCCCAGAGCAAGAGUUAAAGGUCUGGCCCAAGGUCAUGUCUGGGGUCAGAGGCAGAGCCAAGAAAGAACCUGGGGCUGCUGACGCGUUCAGCCUAGCUGGAGGGAGAGGGCAGAGAGGGAUGAGCCCCCAUAUCCCUCUGCCAACCUUACCCCUUCCUAAGGAGCCAUCAUUGGUGUGUACACUCUUCACACACACACACCCAUGCACCUGCACAGGGAGGCACCCCACAUACACCCAUGAGCUAGGACAGGGAGGUAUGUGUGCAGCCAUGAGCUGUGUAUCUCCCCCUUCUCCCUAGACCUGCCCUUAGGCAGCUUGAAUGGGCCCCCUUCCCACCUUGCCUUACCCUGUGCCCUCUGGCCUGGGAAGACCUAAGCCACACCCUCUUGCCACAUCUCCCACCCUCUCAUCCCAAGGGAGGAGGGAGGGGAGAAGAAUCAUCUCAGAGUGGGUGCUCCAUCCCUGCAUAUGAAGACACACUCCCUGCUCACCUGGUUUUUCCUUGUCUCUGGCAGCCCCUAGCUCCCCUAUGGAGGUCCAGUGACCCUAAGAGCCUGCAGAGAAGUCGUGCCAGAGGAGCUGACCUUAGCCUCUCUCCCCUUCCUGCCUCCUGGGCUCUCCACACCUGCCCUGCCCCACUGCAAACACAGCCUGGAUCACAAAAUUGGCUGGGUCCAGGGGCUUCUGUGGCUCCCCUUUCCCAAGUGGGCUGCCCAGUGGGGAAGGUCUAUACAUUGGGUGCUUACUGUGGGCAAGGGUUGCGCUGAGCUAAGUCUUUUCUAGGAACCAGUUCAUUCUGCCAUUUUAACGAUCCUGUGAGGGAGGUGGGGUUUUGUUUUUGUUUUUGUUUUAUCUCAGACUCAGGAGAACUGAGACACAGAAGUGGAGUGACAUGCCUAAGGUCAUCUGACUCUUGGGCAAGUGUUUCCCUCCAGGAAAGGAAAAAGCUGCAGUAUUUUUUUCUCCAAGCAGGAGCACCCAAGGAGCCAGGGAGCUCCCUUUAUCCAAGGAGUUGGCAACCUGCAAGUAUAGUGGGGGGCCACAGUCUGGGACACUACUGAUGUCAGAAUCAAGUUGGCAGGUUGGCUGACCACAGGCAGUCUCUCAGCCAGGGCCCUCCCAGCAUCAGCAUGAACUCCAGGAUCCCAUCUGCCAGGGGCUGGUUCAGCAGCCGCCCACCCACCUCUGAGCCUGACCUGGAGCCUGCCACAGAUGGGCCAGCUUCCGAGACCACUACCCUCAGCACAGAAGCUACCAGCUUUAAUGACACCAGAAUCCCUGAUGUGGCUGGUGGCACAGCUGGUGUGGGCACAAUGCUUCUGUCCUUUGGGAUCAUCACAGUGAUUGGCCUGGCUGUGGCCAUGGUUUUAUACAUCAGGAAGAAGAAGAGGCUGGAGAAGCUCCGCCACCAGCUCAUGCCCAUGUACAACUUCGACCCUACGGAGGAACAAGAUGAACUGGAGCAGGAGCUGCUGGAGCACGGGCGGGAUGCUGCCUCCAUGCAGGCUGCUGCCUCUAUGCAGGCCAUGCAGGGCAAGACCACUCUCCCCUCUCAGGGCCCACUGCAGAGGCCCAGCCGGCUGGUGUUCACCGACGUAGCCAAUGCCAUACAUGCAUGAGUGCCCCGGGGACAGGCCUGGACUUCUGAUGAAGACACCUGCCAGAGUGCCCAUUGAGCUGCUCACUCCGUGAUUGUUAAGACCUACUCUCAGGACCUGCCCUGCCAAGGCCCAGCUAUUCCCAGGACCCACCUGCUGACUCUCCAGGCUCUAAGAGAGGCCCUGGCCAGGCUGGACAUCUGGCUCCUGAUGUCCCCUGAUCUGAGGGCCCUGGCAUGGAGGGCAUCCCUCAUGUCAGGAAGUUGAGAGCUAUGCUAGCUUCCUUGUGUCCUCCCCAGACUCCUUACAUCAUGGUCUGCUCCUCUAAUGUGGAGGAAAUGGGGGGGAGACAUGGGAUGGGAGGGGAAAGGAGAGAGGAGUAGGGAGGGUUUCCCCUUUGUCAGGGAGAGACCUGUCUUCAGAAUCUGGAGCCUCCUCUACAGUGUGGAGAGGCAACCAACCGGGUCGCCCCAGGAGAAGCCCAGGGAUGAAGCAAGAACUGCCAAGUGGGCAAGGAUGCCAGGAAGAGGGCUGCUCCUACCCAAGGCCCAUCUGUAUUUUGGAGGGUCCACGAGGCCUCCCAACCACCCUCCCUGGCAGCCAGCUGUUGGCUGGGAAAGAGCAAAGGAAGUAGGGGACCGGGUGUAGAGGGACACAAUGCCUGGACCUGCUGAAAGGCCUCAGACAUGUGUGUGAAUGUGCCCAUGUGCAGGGUAGGAUGUGCGUAUCCCAGCACAGGGUAGGAUGAAGACCUUCUGCAUGGGCCCCAGCCUCCAAGUCCACCCCACCCCUUGAUGUGUGUGGGAGCACCAGGAUAGGCCACCUUCUCUGCCUUCAGUGUUUGGGACUGAAGGGAAAGGAAAGCCAAGGUGAAGGUCCUGCUGCCCAUCUCAUCUCUUCACUGGGCUCUACAAGCCAGGAAUUCUUCUACCAGUCUGGGGCAUGUGAGCAAGGCAUGGGGCUAAGCCAGACCCCAGGAGCUGAGCAAUUUUCUACUCUGAGCAUGCAUGCGCACGUGAGCAUGCACAGAAGCAUGCCCCCAUGCCCAGCCUCGCCACCAUUGCUGUCCUCCGCUUUCUGGAGGGGAUGCGGGGGCAGCAGCAGAGACCUUCUGUUGGGCAAAUACCACGUGUCAGGAUGUGAGGGCCAAGGAGGCCCGUGUAGGGAAGAUUUGGGAUGUAUUCCCUCCUCUAGAUGCUAUAAAUACAUUAGCACUUGAACCAACUGGAGGGCUGUGGGUAAUUUAGGAUGCACAGACGCUGUAAUUUAACUCACAGCAUCUCCAUGUGAGAGCAUUAAAGAUGUAAUUAAGAUGUUUACACAAAAAGAGUGUGAGUCUGUGACACUUGGGGUGUGAAACACCAGGAGGGACAAGAUGGGUGAAGGG